UUAAUCAUAAAUAGUUUAGAGUCGAACAUUGUACAUUUUUGAGGUGCGAUUAAGUAAUGAAAUACUUUAUUCUACUUGGUUUGGUUGUUACGCUCUUACAAGGUGUGGAGAUUGAGUGUAGAGGAGGUCGUGGUGGGGGAGGCGGCCGGAGCAGCGGCAGGUCUGGGAGUUACCGUCGCGGCGGCAGCGGAGGGUAUUAUUCCAACUAUGGCGGAGGCGGGCUAUCUGGAGUACGGGUUGCUGGGAUCGUUCUAGGUGUUAUCGGAGUAAUUGUCACAAUUGUAAUAUUGGUGUUGUUUCUUGUACAUUGCUGCAAAUCGAGGAAACCUAUUGGCUCAGGAGGUCGAGUAAUUCAGGCUGCACCACUACAGUCAGUUAAAACUGAAAGUAUCCACGCACAACCACCGCCUACUUACGAGUCAUUAGAGCCGAUGGAUACCACGUCAAAUGACAAACAACCUGUGCCCACUACGUCCGUGAAUUAUCCAACCGGUUUACCCCCGGGUUGUACCAUACCAGUACAGUUUUGAAUUAGAACAGGAUAAAUCCUUCUAACUGGAUGAAUAGGGGAAGCCGAAGCAGAGUAAGCCCUCUUGAUGAAACAAAUUUCGCACACGCACAAAUUCAGUUUACAAUGACCUCGUUGUACGAUAUACAUAUGCACUUAAAGUGGCCUUACCAAUCUAAUUUCACAUAAGGAACAAGGAUUUAUGUUGAUACGACUUACAAUCAAACUAAAUUCCCCGACAGUUGGCAGCGUCCACGCAGUACAGUGCACGCGUGCUGUGUUCAAAAGGGGAGGUAAUGGGCGGAUAUAUAUCGCUGCUUUACAUCAAUUGAUUUCUCAUAUAUUGUACAAUACCUCGGAUCUAGUUUACAGUGCAAUUAUUUAUUUCUGUUUGUUCAUAACAUGCAUAAUAUAUAUACAUAUACAUAUAUAUACAUUGAUCAGUAUUAUAUUUAUGGGUGUUUCUUUGCAAAUGAUUUCAUAAUAAAAACAGCGAAAUAAUA